UCUGCUAACGACCAGUGCAAUGGAGAGACUUUUUGUGUUUUUUUUCUCGACCUGAGUGUAGAGAAUAGUUGGGCUGUUUCCGGAAGAGGAGAAAGUUGUGACGUCCGUUGUGUUCAAAUACAUAAGGCAGGGGUUACACACGGUGUAGCAAACCCACAAGCACAGCGCUGAGCAGCAAUGAGUAGCGCUGCUAGAUACAAUGUUACCCAUAUGGGAGCCAUGCCGCCGGAGGCUGCCCUUCUCCUACAGCCCGUCUGGGACGCGGUACGGGCCAAGCAGCAAUGGAUCAAAUCUCCCUUCUUCCCCGUCGCGUUCUCCUUGGUGGUCUACUUGACUUUCUGCCUGCCUUACAUCGGCCUGGACCUCAUAGCGACCAGGCUCCCCUUCCUGAGGAAGUACAAGAUCCAGGCUCAGAACAACCCGACCCUGGGGAUGAUGGCUAGCUGCGUGGCUCAGACCCUGUACAUCCACCUGGUCUACAUCUUCCCGCUGUCGGUGGCGCAUUGGUACUGGCGCCCGGUCCAGCUGCCGCCCUCAGCGCCCGAGCUGCACCGCCUCCUGCUGGACGUCGCCGCCUGCCUGCUGCUCUUCGACUUCCAGUACUUCGUCUGGCACCUGUUGCACCACCGAGUGCCCUGGUUGUAUCGCACCUUUCAUAAGGUCCACCACCAGUACACAGCCACCUUCGCCCUGACCACCGAGCACUCGGGAGCUUGGGAGACCCUGUCGCUGGGCUUCUUCGCCGCGAUCAACCCGGUCAUUCUGCACUGCCAUCCCCUCACCAAGCUGAUGUUCUUCAUCUGCAACAUCUGGCUCUCGGUGGAGGACCAUUCGGGCUACGACCUGCCUUGGUCCACGCACAGGCUGGUGCCUUUCGGACUGUACGGGGGUGCUCCUCACCACGACCUCCACCACAUGAAGUUCAAAACGAACUAUGCGCCUUACUUUACUCACUGGGACAAACUGUUGGGCACUUACAGUACACUACGCAGCAAGAGCCGGUGAUUUGCUCCCGGCCUCCUUUUUACCCAGAAGGAAGGAAAGAAGACUAUUAUUUAUUUGCUCUGGAAAGUUUGGACUUUGUUGAAGAAGGACUUGAACUCUGCUGGCCAGUGAUUUGUACGAGACCAAAACGAUUAUGUAAAAUGUACCGAUUAUGCACUGCACUUUAAAGGUUACUUCUGUUAGGAAAAAUGCCACUUUAUAUUUUUUUUUCUUGCCUCGGAAUAAUAUAUUUUCAAUAGAAUUUUAUUCCUUUAUUUUAAAUUAAUAAAA